CAAAUAAUUUUUAAGAUGUCAAUAAAUUUACUUUCAACCGAAAUCUUACAAGAGAUUGUCAAAAAUUUAAGGCAAAAUGAUAUGCUUUCAUGUCUAUUAGUAAAUAGAGAAUGGUGUAAGAAUACAGUUCCAAUUUUAUGGCAGGAUCCACAAUUACUUCGUAAUAAAUGUAAUAAAUAUAGAUUAUUGGCAAGAACUUAUUUACUUUGUCUUACUUGGGAAGAAAAGAAAGUACUAAGGAAUAAUGGUGUACCAAUUCCACCUGCACCUCGUCGGCGUUCUCCAACAUUUGAUUAUCCUUUUUUCCUUCGUAAAAUUAGAAUUGGCUUUAUUGGACGUUUGGCGUUUGAAUGGUUAUACAGGAAACGGUCUGUGAAGCAAAAAGAUGUAAUCUUACAUUUGAAUAAAGCGUUACAGGAACUUCUUUUUAGUAGAGCUCAAAGGAUUGAACAUAUUUGCCUUGAUUCUGAAUGGCAUUUUGCUGGACGACAAUUUCAAAGUUGGCAAAAUUUGAAAGUUCUUGAAGUAUGUGCAAGCGCUUAUAGCUCUUAUAAUCCAAAUUCAUUUUUACAAACUAUUGUGAAUUCUUCAUGCAAGAAUAUCAAAAUUAUAAAUUCAGAUGUUGAUCAAAAACACAAAGAUUGUGAUAUUUUAUUGAUUCAGUUGAUAAAAAAUCAACGAUCUUUAGAAGAGAUUAAAUUAGGAUCAUAUUUUCAAAUCCCUCAAUCUAUAAGCACUUUGAAAUGUUUAAAAUUUAAUAAUGUAGACUUUUCAGCUUUUAAUGGAGAGUUUGCCAGAAAUUCACUUGAUACUAUAGAGUUACUUGAAAUUAGAUUCUGUCGAUUAAAGACCGAACAUUUUCUCAAUAAUGUCCUUAAAAUGAACAAUUUACGGCAAUUUACGUUCAGUGAUCAUAAAUUAAAUGAUCCAUUGAUUCAUAAUUUUUUCAUCAAAUUAUUAAAAACCAUUAAUAAUCUAAAAUAUCUUUGCAUAUCUUUUGAGUACAAGGAUCAACAAGCAUAUGAUUUGGUCGAAGCAAUAGCACCACUCUGUUUACAACUUGAAUAUUUAAAAUUACCAUCGUUUGAUAUGAAAGAAAUUUUACCAUUUAUGAAAUCAUUUGAUCAAUUAAAAUAUCUUCGAAUUGAUUUGGACAUUAGAUUAAAUACAACAUUAUUUUUGCAGAUUGCUAAAGAGUUACCAUCAAGAUUACAACAUUUGAUCAUUAAUGAUCAAAAAUAUCCAAUAAAUCAAAGAUAUAGAAGGAGCAGGAGAAUUUAUGUUUCUUUUGGAACCGAA